AUAACCUUUAAAGUGUUAUAUUUUGCACAGUCUAGUUAAUUCAUAGUCAUUAUAUAUUACGAGAUAACCUUGAACCAAAAUGGGUGGUAUCGAGUUCCUAACACCCGACCAUGGAUACGCAUUGAUGGUGAUUCUGUACACCAACAUAAUGCUGAUCUACUUGGUGAUGCAAGUUGGCAAAAUGAGAAAGAAGUAUGAAGUCAAAUAUCCAGAUAUGUACAGUGACAAGGAUCCUAUCUUCAACUGCUACCAGAGAGCUCACCACAAUACCCUUGAAGCCUUGCCAAUGUUCUACUCUGUGUUUGUGCCUGUAGCAUUCGUUUUCCCGAAAAUUGCCUCCAUCUUGGGUGCUGUAUGGGUGACCUCUCGAUUCUCCUAUGCAUGGGGGUAUUACACUGGAGAUCCAAAGAAACGUCUGAAUGGAAAUUACGGAGUAUUUGGCCUGUUGGGAUUACUUCUCAUGUUGGUGUAUAUCACCGUGUCCCAGUUUGGUAUUCUACCAAUAUAAAUGUGGAUGGAAAGCAACAAAAUCGUAGAUUUCAAAAUGAAGACAUUAAAUGUUGUUUGUGAUUAAUUGUGGAAAACCAAUAUUGAUUGAAUUUGAUUAUGUGUUCUUAGUAUUCCAAUUUGUGAAUUAAUGACACAUUGCUACCUGUUAUAUCUUUAGAAUUAGAAUGAUUGAAUUAGAAUGAUACUUAUAGCCAUAAAGGCUUGUCAUACAGUGGUAUUUGGAUUUUCUCUCCAAUUGAUUUUUCCAUACAAGACUGAUUUCUUUUCGUUUGUGAUUAUACUUUAUGAACCGAAUUUCAUGUGAUCUUUCCAUAGAUUCAGAGUUGAUUAAUGAAAAAUUAUUGUUCAGCAUUAGAUCUAGCAUACUAGUUAAAUAACAUAAUUUUUGUUGUAUACGAAAAUAUGUUCCGGUUUUGUAUAAGUAUUUCUAGGCUUAUGAUUUUGCAUGUUAUUAUGUCCAGUUUUGAACUAGCUUAAAAUUUUGUUUUUUGGUGUAUUGGUAGAUUAUUAUCAUGGAGGUGUCAUUAUAUUAUGAUUUAUUCAAUUAUAUAGCCUAUAAAGUGCCUUGUGAAACUGCAAAUUUUGUUUUAUUACCAGGGAUUCUCAACCUUUUUCCCAUACCCCUAUAUCACAAAACUAUAAUGCAAACUUCUAGAAAGCUGUUACCAAAUUGAGCGAUAAUAUUUUGGCGAAUGUUCGAAAUUGUGAAUGGUAUAACGAAAAAUUAUAAUAACAAAAUUUAUUUUAAACAUUAUAUACAAUAUUUAGUGUGGAGGAUGUGCCUAUUAGUUGUAAAUAGUUUUUCACAAUUCGAGAAGCAAUAUGAGACAGGCAGUAGCUUAAGUCAUGCUCCACAUUAGGCUUUGAAUGUGAAUAUUAAAAUAUACUACUUCAUGAAAAUCUAACUAUACAUUUUUCUAAGUGUUCAGAACCCCUGAUUGAGAGCCCCUGGUUUAUACAUACCUAUUCUUAUAUACAGACCCUAUUCCCUAUGAAUUCGGAGGCUUAAAACAUAUGUUAAACUUAAUGAAAAUUACUGCUCGAGUGCUCCUUGCUGUUAACUUUUGGUUUCGUGUUUCUCGAGCAUUCCCUAUAUAGACACAGUGAUACAACACAAAAUGAAAGAUAACCUGUUAUUUUUAUCAUUUGUCCUGGUUGAUAUUACUCUAUCAAUUUGAUAUCUCAUUAUAAUCAAUUUUUUGCUACUGCUACCUAUAUCUUAUCAAAAUUACUAUUCAAUUUGUUAGCAUUUAUCGGCACAUGAAACAUACUACCUCUAUUUUAGUUCUUUAAUAAAAUUUGAACGUUUUUUUUUUAAUAUUGCAGUCUUUACAGCUUGUUUUUUGCUAUUGUUUGAAGGUAUAAAUAUUUUGCACUUUUUGUAAAGAAUUAAAGCAUUUAUAGAUUAAACCACAUCAGAAACUCAAUUAACUAUUAAAAUUUGCUUAUGUAUUUAAUGAGUGUGAGUAAAUAACAAAAUUGACUACAAGUUUGUCCAUUUGUCAGGAUGAAAAGAAAAAUAAUAUACCUAGUUUGUGACUUUUUCAAAAUUAAAGAUUUAAAGUUCUUUUUAGUUAGUUUUCAUGUGUCGAUAGUUUUAGAUUAAAUAACACCUAUUAACGAUCAUGUAUUUGUGUUUGAAAAUAACGACAUAUUAAUCUUUAUGUAGAUUCAAUGGAACUUUAGGUAAAUAAUACUUCAAUCUGUUUUCAUCUGGGCAACACAAGGCGGUGUUAUUUAUUACUUUUUUAACAUCGAAGAAAGCCCUAUUGGGCCAGUCUUGGACUAAAUCAUGUGGAAAAGACUGCGAAGGACGUUUAGUAGACGAGGAAGGAGGCCUCAUACUAAUGCGACUGGAAGAUCACAGGCCUCCUCCUCAGGAAUACAUAUCCCUGCACCAGAUGGAACAAAGGGAAAGGAUGUAUUGACAACUAGAGUUGUUUUACUGGAUGGAACUGAUAUCACAGUCGAUGUCAGGAAAAAGGCACUUGGCGAAGAACUAUACAAUCAAGUGAUUCGAUUUCAUCUAGAUUUAGUUGAAGAAGAUUAUUUUGGUUUACAAUUCAUGGAUGCAAAUCAGGUUCCACACUGGUUAGACAAGACCAAAUCAGUAAAAAAGCAAGUAAAGAUUGGACCACCUUAUACUUUCCAUUUUCGUGUAAAAUUUUAUUCAUCAGAACCAAAUAUGCUUCAAGAAGAACUUACAAGAUAUCAAUUCUUUCUCCAACUCAAGCACGAUAUUUUAUCAGGAAAACUAUUCUGUCCAUUCGAUGUUUCUGUUCAACUUGCCGCAUUCUCUUUACAAUCCGAACUUGGAGAUUAUGAUCCCGAAGUCCACACUCCAUAUUUCAUCUCAGAAUUUCGAUUCGUUCCUGACCAAACAGAGAAUUUUGAGCUUGCUGUUAUAGAUGCUUAUAAAUCAUGCAGAGGCCAAACGCCAGCAGAUUCAGAGCUGAAUUAUUUAAAUAUUGCAAAAUGGAGAGAAAUGUACGGUGUUGAUAUGCAUGCUGUCAAGGGCAAGGAUGGCAAUGAUUACUCGCUUGGUUUGACUCCAACAGGAGUUCUUGUAUUUGAAGGAGAUCAGAAGAUUGGCUUAUUUUUCUGGCCGAAGAUUAAACGCCUCGAUUUUAAGAGCAAACGUUUGUUGCUGACAGUAGUUGAAGAUGAUGAAAGUGGAAGAGAGCAAGAGCACAAUUUUGUAUUUCGACUUGACACAUCAAAAGGAUGCAAACACCUAUGGAAAUGUGCAGUAGAACAUCACGCAUUCUUCAGAUUAAAAGCAAAUGUUAAUACAAGGGAUAGAAGACAAAUUGUUAGACUUGGGUCAAGAUUCCGUCCAAGUGUUCGUACUGAAUUUGAAAUAACUCGCAACACGGGACAAAGAAAGUCUGUCAACUUUGAACGACGUCCGAGCAAACGAUACUCGAGAAGACCAAGCUUCAAGAAAAAUGCUGGUCCAAGAAUACAAACAACUGACCAGCCAUUCAGUCGAUACGUACCAACAAGUGGACCAGCUGCCCCUCCUAAGAAACCACAAUCAUCCCCUCCUGCUAAUCCACCCCCUCAGUCCAGAGCACCACAGAGGUCAUCAUCAAGGUCACAACCCGUCCAGCCAUCGUACACCCGAUCGAGUGCGAGACAUGCAUAUGGAAUCGAAGUUUAAUAUCCAGGAUGCAUGCCUUACCUUCACUGGGGGAAUUGGUACCACGAGACAUUUUCGCCACUACUUUACGGUUUUUGAUAAUUUUUUCCAACUUAGAUAACUGCAGUUUUGUUUUUGUACAUACUUUUGCUUAUCUUGCGAUUCCUUAUGUUUGGAGGUCAAUUUUGAUGAAUUUCUAACAUGAUUUGACAAUUUUAGAAAGUAUCUGUGUUGAUCAUGUUAUGGGCUGUCCUUUUUUUGCUUAUUUGUUUGUCAAAUUAUGGUACGAGACUCCUUUAUUGGACCAAUUCAUAUAGUGGACCAUACUGGUCCCAGGCUUUUAUAUAUUUUUUAACUUUAUGCACGAAGUGAUUUAUCACCAACAAUAUUUCAACAUUCAAUGGAAUAUGAUGCACCACAAUAAUUCUAUAUGGUUUCUGUAGCUUUUGGUGUUACAGCAGUCACCCAUACUUCUGCUCAUAAAUGGUUCAACUUAAUUUUUGAGUAGGUUACUUUACUUUAAGUAAUUCCACUAGAAACAAUUUGUAUUCAUGAGCAAUGUUCCCUCUAAUUUUUGUAGUAUGUGUGCGCGAAAAUUUUGGUGUGUGCGCACUUUUUUGGAAAUGACUAAUAUUUGUGCAAAAAUCAAUGAAGAAAUUUUGGCGUUCUAACUGGGUAAU